GCACGGGCCGGUCCUCAGGCUCGUCUGUACAAAUCCCAAAUACUCAUCUAAGGAGGAUCGUGCGUCACAGUUCUUUUUUUCUCCCCUGUAUAAGUUCCUCCGAGUUGAGGGUGAGGUGUUCGCGGUGUCACGCGGAUUUCCGCUUCCGCGUGCUGUAUCGGAGCUACGCUCCCCGGGAGCGGCAUGCUCAACAAUAUCACCGCCGGCGGUUCCGUACACGGUAUCUCCGGAGCGAAGGAUGUGCAAGAUCUGAAGCGGUACGAGAAGGAGCACGGCGUGCUGGGAGUGAAUCUGGGCUCCGGUCUGUCCGCGGGUGGUGGCCUGGCGCUUCAUCAGGAGCUGAUCAUGACUAUGCCUGGCGCAGGAAGCGCGGCGGUGAUCGGGCAGGGCGAUGACAAACCCGCGAAGCAAAAGCGACAUCGGACGCGUUUCACACCAGCCCAGCUCAACGAAUUGGAAAGGUGUUUCGCCAAAACUCACUACCCGGACAUCUUCCUGAGGGAGGAAAUAGCUGUGAGAAUCGGUCUCACGGAAAGUCGCGUUCAGGUAUGGUUUCAAAAUCGACGAGCCAAAUGGAAGAAGCGCAAGAAGACGACCAACGUGUUCCGGUCUUCGGGAUCGCUGUUACCGUCGCAUGGCUUGCCACCCUUUGGACCGAUGAGCUCCGACCUAUGCAGCGGAAUGUUCCAUACCCCCGCGGACAGAUGGGGAAUGGGGACAGGUCUCGGGCAAUUACAGGGCGGCAUGGCGAUGGGUAGUUUCGGCCAGCUCGGUCAACAAAGCACGGGAAGUCUGGGUUCCAGUCUGAGCCUCAGCAACUCCGGACUGCCGAUCAACAGCCCGUCGCAAUCAGUUUACCAUACUAAUUACGGACUCAAUUCUAUCGGCGGCGUUCACGUGACGGCGUCUCGGGGUUCGCCACCGGUCGGCGGCCAACCGAUGGGUUCGGGCCUCAACUGCGGCCAGGGUUCGCCCGGCACGACUUCCGGAGGCAGCGGCGGCGGGGGUGCCGGCAGCGGCGGGGGUGGCGGCGGCGUCUCCUGCGUCGGUGCCGACGUAAGCGCGAACGAGGCGUCGGACUGGAGAGGCGCCCACAGCAUCGCGGCGCUCAGACGUCGUGCCUCGGACGCCUCGCAGCAAGCCUACAGUCCACAAUCAGCGCCGCCGCCCCCAGCACCACCUCAGUAUUCCCAUGAUCUGGAGUACAGUUCCGUUUAUUGAGACAUCGCCUGAACGUCCUUUGACGUUCAGUUCCACGGGAGGAGAGGUUGCUGGCCGUCGCGGUAGGAGCUUACCGUAAUUAUCAUGUGUGGAACGAGUACUCCUGUCUGUUCUCCGUCGAGGAAUCGCAAGAUAGGACGGUGCUUCUGCGAGCGAUUCUACGGAAGAGAUCUAUCCGGUUUGGGUCGUGAUUUGAAUCAAGUCAAGAUAAUGCAGCGAGGUCAAGAUCGACGAUGUAUUAAAAUGUAUUAAAAUGAGAAUCCUGAAUUCGAUUUGCGCGAGGGUCUAAAAUUAUUCGCCGCUUUGAAUUUAACAUAGAAUCGAUGGUGAAGCAUAGCAAAUAACGACGAAAUUAAAGUGGUUAGGUAAUUUUGGACAUUUCGAUCGGCAAAUGUUCAGCUCAUCGCCGCAAGGGUUCAUAAUCGUUUGACUAUUAUGACUAUUUCAUCGCGAUGAGAAUUUCUAUUCUUCAAACAACAUGAAUUCAUCGUCCUGUCAGAAGAAACAAUUGCAGGAAUAAUAUGAAGAAUCUACACGAAAGGAGUACUCUUCUAUAAAUUCGUACAGAGGUAAAAUCAGGGUAGAAAAUCGAAGUUGCUGGCGACAGACAGCGAAAAUUUAUGCAAUACAGAUUCUCGUCAUCAUAGCCUUCCCAGGACCAUAAAGUAAACGUAUCGAUCCUUGAACAAGAUUGAUUC